CCCUUUUAGCAUUCAUAACUUUGGUGGACUGUUCUGAUUUGAAAGCAGAUUGCUGGCUUUAUCAGGGCAUGGGCAGAAGUGACCUAAAACUGCAAACAAAAUGCUGCUUCUAGCUUCAGCUUUUUUUCUAACACUACUGCAGUGUUCUAAUGCCCAAAACAAAGCAAGCUUUACACCUGCAGACUGUAACACCAUUGAAACAGAUGCAGGAGUGGCCCUGGAUUUGGUCAACAAACACCGCAGAGAUGGUUAUGUUUUUGGUUUAUUCCGUGUUGCUGAUGCACAUGAACUACAUACAGGAAAUUCAUCAGUCCUCUACCUAACUUUGGAUGUGCUGGAAACCGAAUGCCCUGUCUUAUCCAGAAAACACUGGGAGUCCUGCGAAUACAGUGACACGUAUUCCAUGGACUUUGGGCAAUGUAAGAUUAUCACAUAUACGAACCAUCUGCUGAAGAAACCUCAACUAUAUGGAUUUAAUUGUACCUUAAGUCCAGUUCCACCUGAUUUAUUAGAGUGCAAAGAUUGUCCUGUGAAAAUCGAAGUCUUAGAAGUCACAGAGCAACAUAAAGAUAUUGCUACAAAGGCCCUGAAGAAAUUCAAGAUUGAAGGUAACCACACAAACUACUUCGCUGUGGACAAAGUUGAAAGGGUUUUAAAGACGACUGGCUCCCGGGAAGUUCACAUUUUAGGAUUCUCUAUAAAGGAGACCAACUGUUCCAAAACUGUGCAGCAAGAAGAUCAGGCACUGGAUUGUGAUUUUCUCCAUGACUGGCAUGCUCACAUGGGAUUCUGCACAGCAAGAGUUGUAAGUGAUGCAGAUGAACCUGAUGGAACAGAUAUAAGUUGUGAAAUCUACCAUCCCUGGCAGCUUGGCUUUGGGCGAAGAGGCAAAGGUGGAAAACCACACAGACAUCCCCACUUCCGUCAUCAUUUUGGUCACAGACAUCAUCAUGGACAUCAUCACAGACGUGAACGUCCACCCUCUUCUCAGCCCGGACCUGAAGACCCUGAGCAUAGCCAAAAUUUCAACAAGGAGGAUCAAGACAGCCAUGAAGGACCUGCUCCUUCUUCUCUCCCUCCUCCCCAUGAUAAACCAGGUCAUCACCAUCCUCCUCACCAUCAUGGACCACACUGUCCUCCUCCCCCUCCUCAUGGACCACACUGUCCUCCUCCCCCUCCUCCUCCUCACGGACCACACUGUCCUCCUCCUCCUCCUCAUGGACCACACUGUCCUCCUCCCCCUCCUCCUCCUCAUGGACCACACUGUCCUCCUCCCCCUCCUCCUCCUCAUGGACCACACUGUCCUCCUCCUCCCCCUCCUCCUCAUGGACCAGAUCACCCCCAUCCUCCUCACCAUCAUGGACCACACUGUCCUCCUCCUCCUCAUGGACCACACUGUCCUCCUCCCCCUCCUCCUCCUCACGGACCAGAUCACCCCCAUCCUCCUCACCAUCAUGGACCACAUCCAGGACACCCUCCUCAUCACUGUCAUCACCAUUACAGACAUCACUGCAACAAGACAAGCAUGUCAGGAAAGUAUUUUCCAUGCCACAUGACAGGAACUAUCUAUCGCAUUCCAGUUCUAAAUCAGCAGGAUUCCCUCACACCUCCCAGUGCAGACUUCCUUGAGCUAUCCCAGUUCAACACUCACUCUUCCAGCACUGGUGAAGGACUAAAGGAGAUGCCAGAAGAUCCAGGUUUUCCAUAUCACCCUACACAAUCAGAAUUAUGCCCAGGAAAACCUAAACUUGUUCUUCCAAAAAUUUUGCCGUUAUUUCCCUAGAGCUCCAUGGCAGAAAAUUCUCCUUUAUGACCCCAGAGAAAGACGUUCCUGGCUUGAGAGUUGCAGGGCCAAUGGCAGUUCUUCAAUGAAUGAAAACAGCACAGGGAGAAGGGGGAAAGCAUUCAAUUUCUAGGGAGGAGAAGUAUUGAAAAGAAUCAUUAAGUAUUCCAACUUGCAUCUUCAUUCUGGCUAUCUCAGGCUCCACUGUGACUGAAAGGCUCAAAAUUCUGAGUCCCUCAGAUAUUGUGAAUGGGUAAAAAACUCGCCAGUAAACAAUGUUCCUUCAGUUCUAACUAAAAGGAAAAUUCCCUAAUAGUGAAAACUACCACCUAAAAUCUUUAAUUUUGUCAUCAUUCACAAUUAUAAUGUACUUCUCAGAGGAAUCUGACCUAGAGGAAAUUUGACUGCCUUCCACAAAAAGUGAUCCAUGGCACUACAUUCAUGCUUUAUACAAACUAAAAAAAAAUAAAAAUAUGCAAGAAUUUUUUUCUUGA